GCGUAGACAAAGGCGGCGCGCGCACGUCUGACGCACGGCUCGGCGCGGCGGCGGGCCAGGGGGGAGGGGCCGGCGCCGGAGGGCCGGGGAGCCGCGCAGCCUCGCGGACGGUGAGUACGACCCAGCCGCCUCCUCCCUGAAGCUUUGGCAGCAUGUAAGCAACUUCUUGCCAAGAACCCAGGUCACUGCUGAGAAAAGGGGGCCUUAGGGAGAAGAAUAUCCAGAGGAAGCCAAUGCCAGGAGCGUCUGGAAUUACACUCACCACAGGCAGCAUGAGACAUUCUGUGCCAGCAUCUGUGUCCUGCUGGCAAAGACUGCAGCUGUCCAGGUAGGAGGGUCCUGGAAGCAGCGUGCACCAGGAGCCUCUGGAGGAAGAAUGGGGCCAGAUAUGAACUCUCUACAAUGAACCAAUUUUCAGCUUGCGAAGGAGUUUUAAGUAAAACAGUUACUUAAUUUCUACAUAUUCAAGUUCAGUAAGUAGCCUUCUGUGUGAAGUGCCAGCAGUCACCCCCCUCCACUGGAGUUAUCAGGAUAUUUCUGGCACCACGUUCAACUCUUCUUGGUACUUCUGGCAAUGACAGAGCUUCAGGACAGAUUUAUCUGCUAAAUGCGCUUGGGCAGGAAAAAAAGUAAAACUCUGGAAGCAGCCUAAGGGCAGCAGAGCAGAGAUCCCGCCCUUGCUGCUCACUGUCACAGAAAGUCAGCCUGGACUCGAAUGCUCACCCUGAAGAUUGAUCCUGCCUCAUUCACCUCCCGAGCCCGUCUGUUCCGGGGAGAUCUGGUGUUUGUGGGCUGCCUCCUGUGGCCCUUUUUACUUCAUUCCCCUCCCAUGCUCUCUAUGAUGUGAACUUUGGAAUGGAGUUUGUUUUCCGUUGGGAACUGACUCUGUUUCCCCGACUGGUGCUGUCUGAGAGGACCAUCUGAAGGCUGUGCUUUGUUCUUGGGGAGGAGGUCAUGGCCUUGCCUGGACCCUCCACCAUGUUCCUGUUGCUGCCUUUUGAUAGCCUGAUUGUCAACCUCCUGGGCAUCUCCCUGACUGUCCUCUUCACCCUGCUUCUUGUUUUCAUCAUAGUCCCCGCUAUUUUUGGAGUCUCCUUUGGUAUUCGAAAGCUCUACAUGAAAACUUUGUUAAAAAUUUUUGCGUGGGCGACCUUGAGAAUGGAGAGAGGCGCCAAAGAGAGGAACCACCAACUCUACAAGCCCUACACCAAUGGAAUUAUUGCAAAAGAUCCCACUUCACUAGAAGAAGAGAUCAAAGAAAUUCGUCGAAGUGGUAGCAGUAAGGCUCUGGAUAAUACUCCAGAGUUUGAGCUCUCUGACAUUUUCUACUUUUGCCGGAAAGGGAUGGAGACCAUUAUGGAUGAUGAGGUGACAAAGAGAUUCUCAGCAGAGGAGUUGGAGUCCUGGAACCUGCUGAGCAGAACCAAUUACAACUUCCAGUACAUCAGCCUCCGGCUCACUAUCCUGUGGGGCUUAGGAGUGCUGAUUCGGUAUUGCUUCCUCCUGCCUCUGAGGAUCGCUCUCGCUUUCACAGGCAUUAGCCUUCUGGUGGUGGGCACAACUGUGGUGGGAUACUUGCCAAAUGGGAGGUUUAAGGAGUUCCUGAGUAAACACGUUCACUUAAUGUGUUACCGGAUCUGCGUGCGAGCCCUGACAGCCAUCAUCACCUACCACGACAGGAAAAACAGGCCUAGAAACGGUGGCAUCUGUGUGGCCAAUCAUACCUCUCCUAUUGACGUCAUCAUUUUAGCCAGUGAUGGCUAUUAUGCCAUGGUGGGUCAAGUGCACGGGGGACUCAUGGGUGUGAUUCAGAGAGCCAUGGUGAAGGCCUGCCCUCACGUCUGGUUUGAGCGGUCUGAGGUGAAAGAUCGCCACCUGGUGGCUAAAAGACUGACUGAGCACGUGCAGGAUAAAAGCAAGCUACCUAUCCUCAUCUUCCCAGAGGGAACCUGCAUCAAUAAUACAUCCGUGAUGAUGUUCAAAAAGGGAAGUUUUGAAAUUGGAGCCACGGUUUACCCUGUUGCUAUCAAGUAUGACCCUCAGUUCGGUGAUGCCUUCUGGAACAGCAGCAAGUAUGGGAUGGUGACGUACCUGCUGAGAAUGAUGACCAGCUGGGCCAUCGUCUGCAGCGUUUGGUACCUGCCUCCCAUGACCAGAGAGGCAGAUGAAGAUGCUGUCCAGUUUGCAAAUAGGGUGAAAUCCGCCAUUGCCAGGCAGGGAGGACUCGUGGACCUGCUAUGGGAUGGUGGUCUGAAGAGGGAGAAGGUGAAGGAUGCUUUCAAAGAGGAGCAGCAGAAGCUGUACAGCAAGAUGAUCGUUGGGAACCACGAGGACAGGAGCCGGUCUUGAGCCCACACCUCCCGCUGGCCGGAGCCACUGUGCCCGAAUCCUGGCACUCCUGAUGGGAGCCAGCUGGAGUCUUUGCCGCCGCCCCCACUGCUGCAUUCCUUCCAGACUCAGGUCUUCGGGCUGCUCUGGAUCCUGGCGCCAGCUUCUUCAGAGCCGCAGGGCCUGGGCUUGCCCUCUGAAGCGAGUGCUACUGGGUGUUGCCGCCCAGGACGAGAGGCCUUCUUGUUUCUUUUACACUAAGUCCGUUGGAGGAAUGAAUGCCAUUAAAGUCAGCCCUCCACCUGUGCACGCGCGGGGCUGAGUAGUGGGGAAGAUUCGGCCACAUUCCCGUGCUGGGCCCGUGGGACACCCACAUGCCAGGGACGUGGCCGGGGGAAGGGCCACCCACUCCACUGCAAGGCAGGGUGGCCGGCCAGCCCCGCAUCGCCCAGCCCUGGGCUUGGCCGACUGGAUAAAGGAAACUGUUGUCUGCCGGGGCUUUCGGCAGAAUGAAGUGUUAAAUUCCCAUGCAGUCACCCAAGGGCAUGGGAAGAGGCAGGACGGACCAGUGACUAGUGUGUGGUGGGAACCAGGAGUCAUUUCACGUUCAAACUCCAGUGCCCCCCAAACUCCCAUGUGACUUGCUCUUUGUUAACACGUGCCUCAGUUUUCCCAUCUGUAAGCUGGAUCGGGAGGGGAGGGGUGGUGAUACCUACCUCACAGGGUUGUUGUGGGGACUGAAGUGCUACUGUGCGUGAAGGAUAAUGGAGCUCAGUGUUCCAAGUCCAGGACCCUGAGAUGUGGCAGGACAAGGGCAGAGCUUGGCGCUGCUGCCCAGGCUUCGGAGUUGUUUUAUGAGUAAAUAAAAUGGUCUUUGACGGUGAAUGAAUAGAGGGGAUUUUCCCUUCACUCUUUCUCCCCUAGAUGUAACCCUAAGCAACACGUUUCUUAACAAAGUUACAGAACCCAGAAGCCAAGGUUAGCGGGUGUAAGCGUGACUUCUGGUCUGAGGACUAGCAUUGUUCAACAGCUUCUGCUGCUGCUCUUUGAAAGCAUAUCGGUGUCUGUUCACACUUCUCCCUGGUUAACUGGGAAUUCCCAGCAGGGAUGGAGAUGUGGAGUUCUGCACAGACAGUGCCCUGGGACCAGAGGUGUGUGAUGUGGGCACUCUGUGUCGAGGUGGGCGAGAGAGUGCAGGAUGGCCGGGGCAGUCUGUAAGGACAGUGGAAAGCCAUGAGGAAAUACAGGGCCAGGCAGGAGCGGGGGCCUGGGAGAGUCCGUGCGGGGCAGGACUGGCUGUGGUGUGUGUGCACCACACAGCUAGAGGGAGGCAGCAGGCUUCAUGGCCCCCUGCGCCCACCUGCAGGCACUGAAGGCAGAUCCAGAGCCAAGCCACCCUCAGCUCCCGGGUUAAGGGUCUUCCAGUUUCCAAGCCCUCAGUAGAGAGCUGCCUCGCCUCUGCCAUUUAUCCUCCCCCCACUUCCCUCCACUCCGCGUGGCCCAGUCACCACACCUCUCGGGAUUUUGCACCAGCCGUGGUGUGUGUCACCUCCAAGUCCACCUCCAGCCUGCGAUUUGGGGACGUGGGAAUGAAGCCCCGCCCCUUAGGCUCCGGAAUUGAUAGCACUUUGCCUGCCUCACCUGAGUGUAACUCGCCCUAACCACUGCCUAACCUCUUUGCCCCAUUUCCUCUUACCUGCUACCCAGUGAAACAUUUUACUCUUGAAUAAAAACACUAUUAUGACUGCAAGAACUGCCUUAUGAACUGCUUUACAAAGUAUUCAGGAGGAAACAGCGAUUAUCAGCCUUUAUAAGAGGUGAUAUUUACAGUGUUUUCAAGCUGCUGGAAUCAUCUUUAAAAAUGGAUCUUGAAGACCAGGGUCCCUCUUUAAACUCCCUUUAAAAAAAAAAGCCUGCUUGGGGGAAAAAAAGCCUGCUGAUGAAUACAUUUAUGAUUUUCAUAGGUAUUUAAUAUUUUAUCUUUAUUUUUCUCACGUUAUUUUCAACAAAACUGUCUGCUGAUGACAAAGUAUUGCAGGAACCUGGUUUAGAAUCACUACUAUGUAAAGAAAUAACUUGUGGAGACUAAGCAAUGAUUACGUCCCUCUUUUACUAAGUGGGGAGAAGAGAGAUGAAGUACGCCCCACAACAAAUCUCUAACAUGUUAAUUUAGCACUUGUUACAAGCAUGCAGACACUUCAGACUGUUCCAUCGUUCUAGUUGGGGACCCUGCAGGCCCCAAGUUAUCCAUAAGUCAAAAUGCUUGGUUUGGGGUAACGGAGUUGGUCUUGUGGGGUAAAACUUCAUGGCACUCAGGGAUAAUAACAGAGAAGCAUAUAAAAUACAAAAUGCGCUCCCUCUUGUGAUCCCAGCAGCAAAGACGGUGCUCUUAGAACAGAACCAAGUGUGGCAUUCAUGAGUCGUGAGCACCAGCAGCUUCCAGUCCCACUUCCAAAUCUAUGGCAUCUUGGCUGCUUGGACUGGGUUUCUCUGACAGCUCCUUCCCCCGUAACUAAGGACCUGGGCUAGAUGACCUCUAAAGCCUUUUCCACCUCUGCAGUUUCUGUAACUUAAACCAUAGUUCAAACUUUGAGAAGCCAUUUUAAAACCAUUUGCUUCCUGCAAAACACUGGGGCUAGUAGCCGUGUUGGUGACUGUGGGCCCAGGUGAGUUUGAUGGAAAGACUUUUUUCACUCAAAUAGAUUUUUUACCCCAGCCAGAAGGAACUUUCUAAAGAGGGUAGUAAAAUUCCCCUGCGAGAGGAAGUUCACUAGAAAGCUGUGGGCCAGGCCAGGCUAAGGUUGAUGGAACAGUUUGAGAUGACAUCCUCGUUAUGUCCCUCUUUUACUAAGUGAGACAAGGAGAUAGGAAUUAUAUCCUACAGUAGAACCAACUUUGGAACUUGAUUCUUGACUGUGUCAGACCCAUUCCCUGUUGCUGCUCUUCAGAGGUGAUAAAAGGUUUGGGGUGAGGUGCUGGGGGGUGCUGCACAGAGCCCCGAGUGCCCAGCCCAGCCCAGUGCCGAGGCUAUGGCACGUCCUGUCUCUGCCCGCCGCAGCAGCACCUACCAAUGGUGGGACUAUACAUUCAGCCAUUGAGGCUUUGGAAUUGGCCAAAACCUCAAUGGUCAGGAAUAGUGUUUCCCACGGUCCCUGAUGCAUCAGAGUCCCUGAGUCGUAGGUCCCAUCCGCCUGCUGUGCGUCCAGGGUGGCCAGCCUCGGUUUCUCUGGCCGCACUCGCCUGUGUGGCCUGGGACACCCGCUGGAAGGGCAGCUGCAUGCACACUGGCUCUUGGACACGUUAAGAGACGACCAUCCCACCAUCCAUCUUCCACCGCACCAACACUCCCGCUCCCCCCAGUCAAUAUGUCUCUCUCCGAUGGGAAAGUUAAUAAAUUUUGCUCUAGAUUAAAAGUAUUGAUCAUUUCAUUUGUAAACGAUAAAUAAAAAGGGGGAACUUUUCAUUGCACCAGGGGUAGCGUCUGGUGUAUUUGGCUGGUGGAAUUGCGCUAGCUGUCGGGGGGUGGGCUGCUCAUAUGCAUUCUGGCUGGCCAGCUGCAUUGAUUUCCUAUUAGUCUCCCAGCACCACCCAGUAACACAUCAUUUCAGUACCGGCUAUUAAUGGUCUUUUGAUAAAUAAUCACUUGUAAGUCAAUAAAUUUUUAUUAAACA